CCUACCCGACCGGUGCGGCCCCUCACUGUGGGCGGAAAAGACACGAGUCCGCACCAAGUAGUUUUUCUCGAAGCAGGGUCGGACUCCCCUUGCAGUGAUAGCCUGACUUUGUGCGCUGAGAGAUCUCAAAGGGAUCAAAACUUAAUUUCACUCUGGUCUCAAGUGACGUGACAAAUUCCUGAAUUCGGGAUUAUGGGUUGGCUUAAUUGGUUCGGGUGAUCCUUGAGUUUCCCUCCCGCUUUAAAAUGUCCUGACGCUAACUUAGUACAGUGCUUAGUACCUGAUGCUCUAGGGCUAGGCGAAGGCAGUUCUGCCCCAGGAUUGUGCAACCCGUUCUAAAGCGCCAGUAGGGCAGAAUGAAUUUAUUCUUGACUCCACUGGUAAUUUGCCCAUACGCUGAAAUAUGAAGGUUGAUGUUGUAAUUGAAUCCUGGGUUACUAGCUGCAGUUGGUUUAUAAAUAUCUACGCCUAAUGUAACUACUCUUUAGUAGUUGACUUCCUGUAGCCCUGAGUUCAGCGUUAAGUAAACAUUCGCAGACGUAGAAUCUUCAUGCUUUCUUUGAGUUUAUAUCGACUAGGAAGGUUAAAAUUCCACAUCCCUUAUAGGCGGCAAAAGAAGUUAAACGGGGCAUGUAUAUUAAGUUUACUCUAUCUUGAACUCUUCUUGCGUCAUUAAAAAGCUUCCUGUUAAAUUGCCAGAGUUUAUUCUUUUUGCUUUUUCUUCAGAUAUUCUAAUACCUUAAUAUAGUAUCAUGCAGCAGUUGAAAUAUCAGCUCUGGUUGCUUUGGAGAGAAGAUCUUGGUUGAUUACUUUUUUUUUUUUUUUUGGAAGGAAAGCUAUGUUAAGCUUAUGAGGAAAUUAAAACAGCCUGGUACUAAGCAAAUUUUUCUGGUCCACUGUGUGUAAUCUCAAUUUGUAGGAUUUUGCAGCAGUAUGCCUCCAUAGGAGAGUCUUUCAACAUCCCUUUUUUGAAUCCUACAAGAUGUUCCUUCUUCCCUUCCUGCACAAUAAAAUUGCACUAAGUAACUAAACGCAGUAGUAUUGAUAGAGUGUCAGGUUUGGGAAUAGAACCACGCUUAAUUGUCUGAUAUAUCAGUCUGUUUGUGUAAUUUUUUGCAUUCUUGUGAUUUUCAGUUUUAUUUUACUUUGAAAUUGUGGAUCGCAGUUGUCAUGUUUUACUUAUUGAAAUAAGCUCCACACAUGUUAAAAAUUAAAAUCUAGCAGAUCUGUAAUUGAGCCAGGAGUAAAGCUUGUUUUCCCAGGUUAGCGUUAUGCUCAACAGACUGUAUUUUGCCUCUUGAUUCAGUUGUGCUGUAUGUGGUCAUCAGCUUCUUGGUCUCAUAUUGUUAUGCUGUUUUAAUGGUAUAGACCUUGUCCACAUGGUAGCUAUCCUUUUGAGAUUUUCUGUAUGCCAGGAUUCAUACUGUUUUUAUUGGAAAACUAAAUCUACAGAGAGAAUAAAUUGAGGAUAUAAGGUUACCCAGAGUAACAUAUUACUUAAAUCAGUAAGUAGUAUGAGGAAGGUUACAACAGGUAUGUUUGUCCACAUAGGAAAAUACUGCUUAUUUAAGAGUAGCUGUGAAAGUUAUCCUUAGGGAUCCAUUCAACCAACAUAAGAAAAUUUAGGAGACAUAAAAGUUAUCCUUAAGAUGCAUUCAAAUUCUAGGAGCUUUAGGAUUUUGCUUUAAAGAACACACAAAAAUGAGGGCACCCACCUAGGAAUUCUCUGGGUAGCUUGGGGAAUUCCUUGGGAGUGGCAGAGGCCACCUGUGGCAGACUAGGUGCCUGAGGAGGAGUCCUGUGGCAGGGCCUUGCACAGUGGUGCCUGCUGGCAGAAAAUCACCUCUAGAGACUGGUUUUUUGCUUCAGGGUUGCUGUUGGUGUCAGAUUCACUCCACAUCAUCUACUUUAUAGGCUCCAUUUCAUAUUUUUAAGCCAGAAACCUAGUUGACCGUCUAUCUGCCUUAUUUGCCCAUCUUGGUUCCAGAUGACUUCGCGCUCGUUUGCCAAAAAUUAGGUCCCUCUUCAAACAACUAAGAUUUGUCAUGAUUUAAUCCUUAGAGCAUACAGGUUUAGAAAGAACAAUAAUGGCAAGUAAUGUAUAACUUUAAAGUUCAUGGUUCACAAUUGGAUGUGUAGAUUUGACAUACCAUAUUUGUGUUUUUUAAACAUCCCUAAACUUUCUCUAGUCACUAUCUUCAGAUCUUCCCUGGCAGUAUCUUGGUGCAUUUUCUCAGUGAUUAGUAUUUGAGUGCAAAGAUGUGGCAUUGCAUAUAGACUGCUAACGUAUAACUGAAGAAUAGUGAUUUUUUUCACACUUAAUCCUCAUUUUUAAUCACCCUUAGAAUUUUCAGGGGCAUAAAAUUUCAUUCCCUUUGAGGCAUGCUAGUGACAAUAUGUGGACUCCAAUACGAAAGUGUUUUUUGGACUAAAUACACUAAUCCUCUAUUUAUGUUAUAAAUUGCCUCGCAACGGAGAAGACAGCUUUAUCUAGGAAAGUAUUACAUCAGCUUAGUUUUGUGGGCUUUAGUUAAUUAUGAGAUGGAUUCCCUCUUAGUUGUACUUCAUGUGCCAAAUUCUUUGGAAACUCUUAAUUCAAAUUUAGCUCUUUUUCUCACUUGGGAGUUGUUUUUUUCCCCCUCCUUGGAGGUAAGUUCCACUCUACUAUUGCCUGGAGCUUGGCAGCUAACAAUUUGACUUUUAAAAAGUAUUUCAUUAUUUGACUAAAAAAAAGUAUUUCUUUACUGUGCUUCUAGGAUUUUCAAAGGUCAGUGAAAGCUCCCCACGUAGUUAUCUUAUUAAACUGAAAAAUAUACAGUCUUGUGGUAUAAACUAACUUAAUCAGUAAAACCACAGCUUGCUGAAGAUAAGGAAAUAAAUUGUUAAAGACUAUUACUGCAUCUUUAAGAAUUAAUUUUUUGAUAGUUUGAAUAUACAUACAUGUGCCAUUAUCGGUUACAGGAUCGCAAUGGGAUGCUGUUUUGAUAAUCAAAAUCUUUAGUCUUUUAUAUAUUUAGGAAACGUCUCAAAAAAUAAGUGGGUGUUUUAUUACUGGCUUGAUAGACAUUUAUGGAAUGGCUCCAUUAGUAACGUGUCAUAUUAACAGAAUGAUCACGGACCUGGGGCCAAAGAACAAGAUGCACUAGUGGACAGAUUGCUGAUCCGGGGCUUGAGAGCUGGGUUCUGUUUUCCCUCCUCAAACUGACUUUGCAGCCACGGAGAGGAAGGGGAGAUGGAAGGUGAGGCGGUUGAAGCCAUUGUGGAGGAGUCUGAAACUUUCAUUAAAGGAAAGGAGAGAAAGACUUACCAGAGACGCCGGGAAGGGGGCCAGGAAGAGGACACUUGCCAUCUACCCCAGAACCAGACUGAUGGGGCUGAGGUGGUCCAGGAUGUCAAUAGCAGUGUACAGAUGGUAAUGAUGGAACAGCUGGAUCCUACCCUUCUUCAGAUGAAGACUGAAGUAAUGGAGGGUACAGUCGCUCCAGAGGCAGAGGCUGCUGUGGACGAUACCCAGAUCAUAACCUUGCAGGUUGUAAAUAUGGAGGAACAGCCCAUAAACAUAGGAGAGCUUCAGCUUGUUCAAGUACCUGUUCCCGUAACUGUACCUGUUGCUACCACAUCAGUAGAAGAACUUCAGGGGGCUUAUGAGAAUGAAGUGUCUAAAGAGGGCCUUGCAGAAAGCGAACCCAUGAUUUGUCACACCUUACCUUUGCCUGAAGGGUUUCAAGUGGUGAAAGUGGGGGCCAAUGGAGAGGUGGAGACGCUAGAGCAAGGGGAACUUCCGCCUCAGGAAGAUCCUAGUUGGCAAAAAGACCCAGACUAUCAGCCACCAGCCAAAAAAACAAAGAAAACCAAAAAGAGCAAACUGCGUUACACAGAGGAGGGCAAAGAUGUGGAUGUGUCUGUCUACGAUUUUGAGGAGGAGCAGCAGGAGGGUCUGCUGUCAGAGGUUAAUGCAGAGAAAGUGGUUGGUAACAUGAAGCCUCCAAAACCAACAAAAAUUAAAAAGAAAGGUGUAAAGAAGACAUUCCAGUGUGAGCUUUGCAGUUACACGUGUCCACGGCGUUCGAAUUUGGAUCGUCACAUGAAAAGUCACACUGAUGAGAGACCACACAAGUGCCAUCUUUGUGGCAGGGCAUUCAGAACAGUCACCCUCCUGAGGAAUCACCUUAACACACACACAGGUACUCGUCCUCACAAGUGCCCAGACUGUGACAUGGCCUUUGUGACUAGUGGAGAAUUGGUGCGGCAUCGUCGUUACAAACACACCCAUGAGAAGCCAUUUAAGUGUUCCAUGUGCGAUUAUGCCAGCGUAGAAGUCAGCAAAUUAAAACGUCACAUUCGCUCUCAUACUGGAGAGCGUCCCUUCCAGUGCAGCUUGUGCAGUUAUGCCAGCAGGGACACAUACAAGCUGAAAAGGCACAUGAGAACCCAUUCAGGGGAAAAACCUUAUGAAUGUUAUAUUUGUCAUGCUCGGUUUACCCAAAGUGGUACCAUGAAGAUGCACAUUUUACAGAAGCACACAGAAAAUGUGGCCAAAUUUCACUGUCCCCACUGUGACACUGUCAUAGCCAGAAAAAGUGAUUUGGGUGUCCACUUGCGAAAGCAGCAUUCCUAUAUUGAGCAAGGCAAGAAAUGCCGAUACUGCGAUGCUGUGUUUCAUGAGCGCUAUGCACUCAUCCAGCAUCAGAAGUCACACAAGAACGAGAAACGCUUUAAGUGUGACCAGUGUGAUUACGCUUGCAGACAGGAGAGGCACAUGAUCAUGCACAAGCGCACUCACACUGGGGAGAAGCCUUAUGCCUGCAGCCACUGCGACAAGACCUUCCGCCAGAAACAGCUCCUCGACAUGCACUUCAAACGCUAUCAUGACCCCAACUUUGUCCCUGCAGCCUUCGUCUGUUCUAAGUGUGGGAAGACAUUUACACGCCGGAAUACCAUGGCAAGACAUGCUGAUAAUUGUGCUGGUCCAGAUGGUGUAGAAGGGGAAAAUGGAGGAGAAACGAAGAAAAGUAAACGUGGAAGAAAAAGAAAGAUGCGAUCUAAAAAAGAAGACUCCUCUGACAGUGAAAAUGCUGAGCCAGACCUGGAUGACAAUGAGGAUGAGGAGGAGCCUGCCGUGGAAAUUGAACCCGAGCCAGAGCCUCAACCUGUUACCCCAGCCCCACCACCAGCCAAGAAGCGGAGAGGACGCCCUCCUGGCAGAACCAACCAGCCCAAACAGACCCAGCCAACAGCCAUCAUUCAGGUUGAAGACCAGAAUACAGGUGCAAUUGAGAACAUUAUAGUUGAAGUCAAAAAAGAGCCAGACGCAGAGCCCGUGGAGGGGGAGGAAGAGGAGGCCCAGCAAGCUGCCACAGAUGCCCCCAACGGAGACCUCACGCCCGAGAUGAUCCUCAGCAUGAUGGACCGGUGAUGACGGGGCCUUGCUCAUCGCCAGGACUGCUCUGGGCUGUGUUUAAACGGCCUGCAUCUUAAUUUUUCUCCCUUCUUUCUUUUGGCUUUGGGAAAAAGCAUCAUUUUACACCAUUUUACCAAACAUACUGAGAACUAAAACUUCAAGGAUGAUGUUAGAAAAAUGUGAUUUAACUAGAACUUGCUGUUUGAUGUUAGCAAAUCAUGGAAUGUUCUGAGUCCCUGAGGGUUUACUGUGAAGUGCUGAGGACAGUGUUGACGCCUAACUGGUUUUCUUAGAAGGAAACAGAGACAUUGAACCCUCUCUCUGCUAUGGUAAACCACUCCAGAAUGGCCACCGGGUUUCCCAGAGUUCUAUGGUCUUCUUCCCAGGAGAAUUUUUAAUUGUAAAUGCAGACUUGGGAAGGGCUUAGACUUUUAAACUGGUUUUUGCUUUUGCUUUUCCCUGGCUCCCUUUGCCUUGGAGUCAGCUGCACACCAGUAGUAUGGCAUGCUACGAUCGGUUUCUGUCCUGAAGGCUUUGCCUCUUUCUUGGCAAAGUUUCUGGUAUGGUCAAGCUUGUAAAUAACCUUUUUUUACAUUUUAAUCUUUUCCAUUAAUUAAGAGGUUGAAAAGAAGUGCAGUGUAAGAAAACCCAGCAUUUUAAUUACUUGCAAAUUAAGUUACCACAGACUCUGUAGUGUGUAAAUGUUGACAAGGAAUUGGAUCACAAUCAUGUAGCAGAACAGCACCCAGACUGCUGCCCGCUAGUGACGGACACCCACGUGGAAGAUCGUGAAUUCCAGCCCAUGGAGCCAGCAUUUGAACCUUGUACAAUUAACUUUCAGUUAUGAUUUCCCAUCUACAUUUUCUUUGCUCUGUUUGUAGCUGAAUUUUGUGUUUUAUAAAUCCUCUGUUAAAGCAGAAGGGUGAUUAGGAGUGGGUCACAGCAGCCCUUAAAAGCUGGGCCAGAAAAUUCACUAGGUCAGUAAUUUAAACUUUGGAUCUUCAAAAAAUAAUAAUAAUGUGAAGCAAAACCAACUAAAAAAGUGAUUCUUGCACAUGAACUGUCACACGUUUAAAAUGUGUUUUUUAGAGAGCCUCAGUCUUGCUGAUUUCAAACACUUUUUUCUUCUGUGUAUUGCUUUUAAGAGAGCCAUCAGUUAGCUAUCAGACUCUAGGUUGAUGCAUUUUGUACUUAGCUGUACUGUGUGAUAUUUUUCAUUAUUUUAGGACACCAACAUGAGACCUGUAAUAAAAUAUGUAAUGGGGUUGAAAGCUGGGGAGGAGGAUCUACUGCUGUACAGCUAAUAAAUCAUAACAGAUUAACAAGUGCUCCAAA